AUGCCGCCGCUGGCCACGUGGCCAGGGAUGGAACAUAGUUAUGAGCAUAAUCUCCUAGAGGCGCCUCAGCUUGCGAGCAGUUGUUUCGCUCAAGCGGACUGCACUGCACCAGCAGAGGAUCGCCGAGUACUUUGGAUAGGUUUUCUGGGGGCAUCGAACGCAGCUCUCGCACACAGCAGACACGUGCACGAGGCAACCCCCGAUACAAUGGCAGGUACAGGGGAGACGAGUUCGUCGCUUGGUGAGGGUGGUAGGGUCCGGGGUUCUCAGAGCAAGGCUAAGAGCUCCAGCAGCAGCAGCAGCUCUAGGAGGCACCAUAAAGCUAGUGGCAGCAGCAGGGGCGCAUUGGAGAGCAGCCACAGUAGCAGUAAGGGAGCAUCCCGGUCGGUCGAUGGCAAGAAGGAGAACAGUCGCUCCAAGGGAGAAUGUGAGGAAACCGGAGCAAAGCAGAAAAGCAGUGGCGAUGGCCAUGAGACGAGCACUGCGAGGGAGAGGAGCAGGAGCAAGGACUGCCACAAGCAUUCCAGCCACAGCAGGCGCAAAUCGGAAAACGAAGGUUCCAGGAAUGGAGGCAAGGGAGACAAGGAUCCUAGGGGCCAAAAGCGCUCCUAUUCUCACAGGACGCAGGACGAUCCCACCAGGGAGCGCAGUCACAGCAUACACAAGAAGCAGAAAAAGGAGAGCAGCCCAUCUGUACAGCGACCGCGCAUUAUCAACACCACAGAUCCUACUAAGAACACCCUGGGGGAUCCUUUUCCUCCCGACCUCGAGGGGCCAUGCUAUGUGAAGCUGCUGCCUCAACAGCGAGACGUUUCGAUCCUCCUUGGCGUAGACAACAGGGGUCUCGCGAACUUGGCGAAGAGUCAUGGGUGCAAGAGCCGGUUGUCUGCUAAAGACGUCUUCUUUCCCCAGACCAACAGGCGCAUGCUGCUGCUUCAGGGAACAGUGGAUGCUAUCCACAGAAUGACUCGGCAGGCGCUGCAGACGAUAUCCGAGCCCGGAAAACACCGAGACAGCGCGAGAAGCUGCAGCGUUACUUUCAUUGCGCCACACGAUGCCUGCGUGCUCGUGCCGGAGGGUAGCGAUCAGCCUCUGCGGAAGUUGAGGAAAGUAGGCAAGGCAAAAUUGACUAUCAGUGACAGGAAGGACAUGAAGAAACAAGGCGGCCGAGAGCGACUUCUGACCCUAGAGGGUGGUCUGCCGGACGUGCAAGAGGCGGCGUGCAAGAUGGUGACGCUGCUACAGCAGAUUGCCGAUCUCAGAGACUACACGAACCUCAAGUACGACAGCUGCAUGCCGAAGGAGAAAAAGGAGGAAGAGGAGGCGGUAGAUGACCUUCUGGGUGAGGAGUUGGACGAGUCGACAAUGCAGGCAUUGGCAAGCAUUCUUAUCCCGCCCAAAGAAGAACCCGUGAAGGCUGGCGUGGCCAGCGUGGCUCCCAAUAUUCCAAAUUUGUCAGACUCCGCCAAAGCCGCGCUCAUCAGUCAGGCGCAAGACGAACUGGCGCGUAUCAGCAAUAUGCGGUACAUGCGAGACAACAGGCACGUUUUGCUGCAAGGUCCCGCAUACCACAAGGUGCUUGUCAGUGACCUAGUGGCUGCGCAGCUUCUGGGCUCGAGUGGAAAUAUAAUCAAUCAGUUCGAAGCGGAGUAUGCUGUCCAGGUAAAAAUCGCUCCCCCCGAGCCGCCUCCAUGCACAGAGCGCAUUGUCAUUAUCAGCGGUCAGCCGCAAGAUGCUGAUCGAGCCCUUUUGGCUGUCCUGGAGAAAGUGUACGCUGCAUGCCUCAUGGUCGGUCAUGCGAACUUCAUGGUGUGGCGCAUGUGUGCUAUGAGCACAUGCUGCGCAUUUAUCUGCGGGCCUGGAGGCCAGCGUAUUCGGCAGCUUGCCAGUUUCACAGGAACGCGAAUUCAGAUUUCCAACAGAGACCAGCAGACGCCCUCGCAUCACGCGGCGCAGCUGGUGCCUUCGAACCCCCAUGAACGUAUCAUUUCUAUUUUGGGUCCACUUGAGCAAGUGACCAUUGCAAUCAAGGCUAUGCUGCCAUACAUCCAUGCAGAUCCAAACCAGUCGCUCUCGGUGCAUCAGACGUACGGGCAUGGUUACAAGCUUAAGAUGCCUGCGUGGGCAGAAACAGGGGUGCUGCAAGAGGGAAUGAACAUGGAGGCGCUAAACGAAGACCCCUUGGAGGAUGAGCGGCCUAUUUCUCUGCCGGGCCCGAGCCAUAUUAAACUUUUAAUUGACCCUGCACUGGCGAACUCGCUUAUUGGGAAGGAAAGCGCGACCAUUACAACGGUAUCGAAGGAAUGCGGAUGCAGCAUGCACGUGUUAUCCUCCAAGAACAAGUUCCCCGACUCUACAGACCGCAUUUUGCUAAUGUCCGGCCCUGCGGAGUCCAUUAGCAACGGCGUCAUCGCCUUACUGGAGCGCUGCAAGGAGGUGCAUCCGAACUUACCGUAUGACCAAAUGUAUGCGAAGCUGGUAGUACCCAUCAGCGUAUGCGCGUCUGUGAUCGGGCCCGGUGGAACCCGUGUGAGAGAACUACGGGAAGCAACGCUGACGCGCAUCACGAUCGAUAGAAGCACGAACCCGUGCUCGGAACGCAUCAUAGCGGUCCACGGGAUGGCUCAAGGCGUCCACCAAGCAGUCGUGGCCAUCAACACAAUUGCUCAGACAGAUCCCAGCUUGGUGCUUAUGCUUGAGCUGCAGUACGAUUACUUGGAGCAGCAAGAUUCUCAGCAGCAGAACGCCCAAGUUGACUCCAACAUAGUUGGUGCAGUCCUGCAGGGAGUUCUUUCUGUGAGCAACAAGGUCGGCGGUGGUGCCGCAGAAACUGCUGUCAAGCGCCUGGAAAGCUUGAAGCAGGCGACGGCAGCUCAGGGACAACUGGGCCCUAUGGGGCAGCUAAAGUCUGGUCACACUUUUAACUAUGAUGCCCCUGUAUCCUUCGUUACGGCUUCGUCAAGCCCUCCAGUUGCAUCAGAGGCAUCCAAGAGCUUCGCACUGGCGCAGAGAGCAGCACAGGCUCUUGGUGAUGAUCCGCGUGUCCGCCCGCCGUCGCCGCCACGCCAAGAGGAGUGGGAACAUCAACAGCGGGAGAUUGAGAGGUACGAGCAGCAGAGAGUGGCUGGCCAGGCGCAUGGAAUUGCUGAGACUGCUUUGCCUCCGCCUUCUGGACCCUCGUCAGUGCAACAGAAUUACCUUCGGCAGGCGCCAGCUAAUGCGGUUCAGCAGCAGAAUGGCAUGGACGAGGACGACGAUCCACUGCUAGAGGGGUUGAUGAACGAAGCGUUCUGA